UGCUCAUUAUUACAAACCAUAUAUAUAACAAACAUUUUUCUUCUUUGUAUCAAGAAAAAAUAAAAAUGAAGAAACUACUACUCCUCCUUAAAGUUAGUACAAUAAUUGUUGUGUUGAUGAAUAAUUUGCCAUCAAUAGGAGUGUUGGGUUAUGGACCAGUAGUGUUGAUAAGAGGGGGAGUGAGAGAUUCUUGUUCACAAAUUGAGCUUCCUAAAACAGUUCAUGGUCCUGAGAGCAUAGCAUUUGAUUGCCAUGGCAAAGGACCUUAUGUUGGUGUUUCUGAUGGAAGAAUUCUCAAAUGGCAUCAAGAACACAGAUCUUGGAUUCAGUUCGCGGUUACCUCCGCAACAAGGGACAAAAAAUUAUGUGAUGGGUUGACAAAUACAACCUUGGAACCGUUGUGUGGAAGGCCUUUAGGGCUCAAAUUCAACACUGUAACUUGUGAUCUGUAUGUCGCCGACGCCUACUUUGGACUCGUGGUGGUCGGAGCUGCCGGCGGCGUGGCAAAACAGUUGGUCCAUUCUGCAGAUAAAGUUCCAUUGAAGUUCACAAAUGCUUUGGAUAUUAACACUCAAACUGGUGAAGUGUACUUCACAGAUAGCAGCAGUAUAUAUCAAAGAAGGUCAUAUUUGCCAAUAAUACUGACGGAUGAUUCAACUGGAAGAUUGUUAAAAUAUGAUCCAAGAACAAAACAAGUUCAUGUUGUGCUCAAUGGCUUAGCAUUCCCCAAUGGUGUUGCCCUAAGCAAGGACAACUCUUUCCUUCUCUUAGCUGUUUCAGACACAUUCAAGAUCUUGAAGAUUCACAUUAAUAAUAAUAAUAAUAAUAUUAAUAAUAAAAAUAAUAAGAAUAACCCUACUAAUAUCAAUAACAACAACUACUACUAUGUACAACAUUUUGCAACGCUUCCACGUUACUCUGAUAAUAUUAAGAGGAAUGAGAAAGGUGAGUUUUGGGUGGCACUUAAUAGUGGAAGGGGAAAGAUUCAAGGGUUAGUGAAAGAUCAUGAAAAUAUUAUUGGAGAAAAUGUAGUUGAUCCAUUAUCAGAAGAUCCUGUGGGGAUUAAAUUUGAUGAAGAGGGAAAUCUUAUUGAGGUCAUUGAUGGAGGGUUUGGUGACCAACUUGAUUCUGUUAGUGAAGUCGAAGAAUUUGGUGGAAGAUUGUGGUUGGGUUCUAAUGUGCAACCUUAUGUCGGAGUCAUAAACCCUACGCCGCUUUAACCGUGUUUGACGGUGGAGAAAGAUAUAAAUAUAGAAUUAUAAGGGUGAGUUUGGUUUGUAUUUUUAUUUUUUGUUUUUAUUUUUAAUAUUUUCUGUUUAUAAGAAUUUUGUGAAAGAAAAAAAUAAGAACUGAAAAUAGAAAAUUUAAUUUCAUUGUUUUUAUUAUCUUUUUUUUAAA